AUGAUCCAUUUGAGGGAAGACUGGGGAAUCGAGGUUUCAGAUUCUAUCUUUUUUUCAUUUUUCAAGGGAAAUUGCUUCACGUAAACGGUAAAUUGCGUUUUUCUGAAAGUAAUGUGAUUUCAAAACGCGCCUUCUUUUAUGGAAAAUUAUGAAUUUUUGGGGAUCUAAGUUGUACUUUUGGAAUCGCGUUAAGCAUGAAUUAAGGUUUUUUUUUCAAAUUUAAUAUCAUGAUACUUUUUUUUGAAAAAAAAAAUUAGAUCCAGAAAACAUUCAUGAUUUCAUGGAAUUCUAUGAAAUUUCCGUAUUCAUUCCUCUACCUUUGGAAAGAUAAUUCUGAAUUUUUCAGGAAUGGGUACUCGACUACGUCAGGCCGACGAUCAGAAUCACCGAGUUGGUUUCUCAUCAGAAGAAUUGCGCCUCGGAAUAUCAGAUCUGCGCGAAACUUUUGCGACGCGACAUGGGAUAUGAUUAUGAUCCGAGAUUCUAUCUCGACCCGAAAUUUCAUUCUCAUUGCAAGAUGGAGAAGCGAGUCUGGUCCAAGGAUAGCGGUGAGUGUUCUCUUGAGGGGUUUUUUUUUGAGGACAAAGUAUUCAGUUUUUUGAAAAAAAUAUGUAUAUAUAUGAAUUUUUUUUUCAAACAUCAUGACGAAGUUUUAAAACAGCAACAGAAGCAAGUUAAUUCGAAAAAAAUUAGAUAAAGAAAUAAAAAAAGGAAAAUAAGUUCGGUUUUUUUUUAAUAUAAAAGAGGCUUUUUUUUUGCUCUCUUUGUUGUAGCAUUUUUUAGAAAGACAAUUUUUGAACAAUUUUUGAACAAUCACAAGUAGAACGUUGAACACGAAUCAAACAGCCUACUCAGAGCGCUCACAGGAGCACUCGACAGUUGGAAUGAACAUUUUUGACUGAAUCCCCUCAAUUAGUUGUAAAUUGGUAAAAAUCAUUCAAAUUGAUUUCCUCACGGAUCCAUAGCGACUCCUUCCCGCUACACUCUGAGUUAGUUUUGGUGGUCAUCAACCUUCAACAACUAACUUCCAAGUUCUGAACCAAACUCAGCUUCUUUAUUUUUUUUUUCAGACUGCGGAAGAGGUGAUCCUGGAGAUCUCAGAAUACCCUAUAGAAAUGCGAAAUUGAGCAUUUCUUCUGGUGGACGGGAUUUGGAGAAUACGGAAGGUCAUCACGGUCUGAAAAUAGCGCGGCUUCAAGUCGAGGUCGUUCUCCCGCCGGAGGGACCCCGGGUUCUCCCUCCACAACUUUGGGAAGAUGAUGAAGAAAAACAUUUCCUCAAGUACGAACCCUUCACUUCUGAUUCCGCUAUUUUGAAUCUCAGACCAUUUCGGAUUGAAAGAUGUUUCCGUGAACGUGUAUUUUGA